CCAACACAAAAGUCACAAACUCAAAAACAUCACUAGCUAAUUAAAUCCUCCUCCUACUUCUUAUCUCAAAAAUGGUUCAAAAGGCUUACUCUUUCUUUGCACUUUUUCUCAUUUUCAAUAUCCUCCUUGUCACAACACAAGAAGCAAUUGCUGGUCGCAGCAUUGCUAAGAACUCCGACAACGAUGACAAGAAAGAGCCUGAGUUUCUGUUCAAGCACGAACAUGGGAAACUACAUUAUCCAGGCAUUGGACAUUUAGGGUUUCCACCACACUUUGGAGUUACUCCUAAUAACCCAUUUAUUGGUGGCACUGGAGGAUCAGGAUCGGGAUCAGGUUCGAGUUCAGGAGCUGGAGCUGGAUCAGGAUCAUCGGGUCACAGUUACGUUCCUGGUGGCGAUGACACAUUUGUUCCAAACCCUGGCUUUGAGGUUCCAAAUCCUGGCAGUGGUGGUGGAGGUGGUAGAGCUGCAGAAACAGUUAAUCCAUGAAUUCACUCAUCCAUGAAUGCAAUAGCUAGACCUAGUUUUUGAGUUUGUGAGCGUGUGAUUCUUAUUAAGAUCGUUUUUUACUGCUUUCUAGCCAUGAGAAUAAGUGUGUACACACACUAGUAGCUUGCUACUUGGGAUGUGUAAGUGGCUUGUUUAAAUGUUUUGCAGCUGUUUUAAUUUAAUAUUAUGAGUUUAAUUGUUCUUCAAAGUAGUUAAAAAUUACUGUGGAGCAUCAUUCA